AUGGCCGUUGAGCAUUUCAGUACGCCCAUAUCGCAAAGAGUAUAUUCUAGUGGCAAUUUGCAUGCUGGAAACGAUACGACUACUGACAUGGAACAAUUUUCCACGCCACUACAGAAAUUAUCCAACAACUCAUUGAAUGACGUAAGAUUACCAAACAAGGCCCGUGAAGUUCUGUCUGACCGAUACUAUAGCAUGCGGGAAGAUAAUAAUGCUCAGAAAAGCGAUGAUUCGUCUACCGAAGGAAAUGCUAUGAAUCCGCCAAAUAAUAGCAAUGCAUCUCUUACUCCUUUAAGUGACGUUGCAUUUCAAUUGUAUCAAACCAAAUUAACCAUAGAUAGGCAUAAGGGGCAUCCACAUCACACCAAUACAUUUAAGCAACAACGAGCUAGUUCUGGGAAAGAACCUAUAUAUUAUAGGCCACCAUCGUCGAGCGAAAGCACACAAUAUGGCAUCAAGAGCUUUCUACCACCGAACCUUGAGAAGGGAAGCAUCAGAGAUAGAACUACAAACAAGAUACCGAUAGCUAUUAAUGCUCCUCAAAUUGGUCGAAAGAAUUUUUUAUUUUUGAAGGAUGACGACGAGAUAGAUGAAAUCGAAGAUGAGAAUAAUAACCCAACGGGUGAUUGGUUUAAUCCUAUAGUUAAAGAGGCAUUAAGAAGACAACCUCGUAAGGAAGUUGAAAUUAAGAGAAUAGGAGCUAACUUGUUGUAUUUAUUGGCCUUCCGGUUAUCUGUUGCUAUUGGCAACUACAUAUUAACCUUGUAUGAAUAUAGACGGAUGCCAUUCCAAAGUGUUGGGGGGUAUUAUCCUCCUAUAAGACAUGAUCACGCCCAACCAGGAACUGUUGGUUUUUAUGCUGUAUUGAUUAUACGUGUGAUAUAUGGAAUAUUCAUUCUCAAUUGUGUGCUAUCAUUCUACAGGUUGACUAAAGGUCAAGACCAAUGUUUAGAUUUACCACUUAACCACAAACAACGUGAAUUGCUCGGCUUAAAAACUGAUCAGGCAGCAAAAGAUAAUUUGAAUGAAAAGGACGGAUUUGAAGACGAUGCCCAAUUAACCAUAAAACAAAGAAGAUUUGAAUCACUGCAUAGAAGUAACUAUAAUCUACCAAAGUAUACCAAAUCUAAUAUCUAUUCGGCUCAUCAGGUCAGGCCUGCUAUGAAGGUUGAUGAAAAACUCCAUGAUCCUAGCGAUUUGACUCUCUCUGACAAACUCGUCAAAGCCAGGUUGAUUCACACACCCUCUUACAAGUUGAAGCCUCGUGAUACCAACAAGGACCUUGAAGCCAGUUUCCACAAAAAUUACAGUAUUGAGUUCAAUUAUUCAGAUGAUGAGGACGAUCUUCCUAUCCCGUCAGCCAUAUUGCCAAAUAAAUCGUUUGAAAUGAAGAAUUAUCGCCAAAACGUUUUCAGGAGAUGA